UAGCAAAGUUGUAGCGAAUGGAAGUGCCUAAGAAAUAAACGGAACCCGCCGCGACGACCAUACGGAAGCAAGAAAGAAAGAAGUAACGAAAACGGAUUUUUAAAAACUUAACAAAAGUAUUUUGGUGCCUGUUGUUGUUAGCCAACAAAAAAAAACCAAAAAAGCACGCACGCAAUAACUAAACUAUAUAGCAAAAAAAAAAAGAAAAGAAAAGGCUACAGAAAAGCAAGUUGAAGCUAAAGGGGCUUAAAAGUCAACGAAGGGGAAGAAAGUGUUAAUGAAAGUGCAAAAAUAUCAAUAAAUCGCUAAUAACUUGCAAUCGAAUCGAUACACGGUAUAUCGAUACGCCUUGUUUUUGUGUAUGAAUUUGUGAGUGACGUCAUAUUGGCAACAACAUUUGCCAGGGCAUUUGGCAGUGGCAAAAAGAGGCAUCAGUAACACAAACUGGCACGGCAAUAACAAGUUUUUUUUUCUGUUCGUAUGAGAUACAGGCGGCCUAACGAUUAAGAUCUCUUUCUCCAAUUUAAGAAAUCAUCAUCAAAAUAAACACAAAUUGAAAUUUUCAAGAUAAUAAAAGCAAAUAAAAUAAAGAAGAAAAAGAAACGAAAAAAAAAAACAUAAAAUCAAGAGCAAAGCAAUACACGACAACGAUGUGCUAACGUCUUUUUAAAAGAUAUUGUUCCCCAACACGAAAUUUUUGCGACGUCACAACUGUCAAGGUGAAAUCAAUACAAGCUCAUUAGCGGCAGCACCACCACGAGCACGACUACGACACCACCAACAUCAUCAUCAUCACCAUUAGCCUUCAUUAAAUCUCCUUCUACUGUCUAGAAGAGCAACGCGAGACGCCGCUAAAGUGAUUUUUUGUAUUGAAUUUUUGCUUGGCUUUUUCUUUCGCAUUGGGUUUUUGUUUUCAAAGAACACGCUUUAAAUUUCCACAAGUAACCAAACCAAAAAAAAAAAAAAAAAAAACAAAAAACGAAACUGAAAAAAACCAAAUUGCCUUUUUAUUCAAUAAAACGAAAGACACACACUGUGGCAGAACUCUGCACAAAAUUUAAUCAACUCAUUACACAAUUUUUUCGCUGAUUCUCACCAUCCAACUCUUCUCUAAGGUUUUGUGGAAAAAAAUCCCUUGGCCAAGAAACCACAGAUUUCCGCUAGAAAACGGUCAAACGGUCAAGCAGCAGUUUUUGCUUGGGUGUUCCUAGAAAUUUCUACCAACAUUUGGGCCAUCGGCAGGCAGGCGGCAGGCAGCAAGCAGCCAGGCGCAUAAACGAAACGAAGACAACAGAGCCGAGCGGUCAAUAGACCUACACACGACGAACAGUGUUUUACUACCCCUUGGCUCGCACAUACGGCAGUCUAGUGGUGGCAGCACAACAACGACGAAUUGUGUUGCUCUUGGCCAUUGAGAAACGGACACGAGCGCUGUGAGAUAACAAAACAAGCAGUUCCCAUAAAUUCAAGAAAGUUCUAAGAGCCAAAAAAAAACCAAUCGAACUAAAAGAAGAUAAAAUCGUUAUUUUAAACACAACAAAACAUUUGUGAUUGAGAAAAGCAAAAAUUCUGGCGUCCAGUGAUCUCUUUUGUCGAAAAAAAACCGCACAACAAAAUUUCCCACUGCAAAUUGAAGUGAAAUUCACCAAACCUUUGUGAAACACCAACUGCAGCCUCUACAGCAGCAGCCAUGAAACCCACUGUGAUAGCCAAUGCAAAUGCUAAUGCAUCAGCAUCCGCGGGUGCCGGUCCCAACAAUGCCCCCAAUGGCAUUACCAUACCCAUUAACCAUGAAUACCAUAACCCACAGUCACAACAUCCCCAAUAUCAGACACAUGCCCAGCAUUAUGUAGGAGGCAUUGAUCCUCACUCCACAGCAUACGGCUCGCCUGGUAGUCAGGCGAGAGUACAACAGCAGCAGCAGCAGCAAUAUCCUCCACAACAACCACUGCAUGCACAGCAGCAGCAGCAAAUUCCAGCACACUUUCAGGACUUUGGUUUUGAUCCCGAAAUGGAUAUGGAUAUGGACAUGUUUCCGCGCAGUCGUUUACGCAUGGGCCAUGAUCCGUUUGCUGACUUUGGCGCCUCACGUAAGCGUAGUAGUUUACAUGAUCCUCCAUUUCAAUCUGAUGUUUUUUCUCGUUAUUUUAAUGAUGAUCCAGACUUUGGCUUCCCCCAAUUCAACUCGUUGGGCCGUAGACGAGCCAAUAAUCCCCAUCAUGACGAUGACUUUUUCAAUCGUCUACCCAACGAAUUUCGUCAAUAUAUUCCCGAUAGUUUUGGCCAUCGACGUACGGCGGGCGGCAUGCCUGGUACACCCGGUUCGCCCGGCAUACAUCCUCAGCAACAACAACAACAGCAGCAGCAGCAGCCACCACCACAGCCACAACAGAUGCCAGCUCGCUACUAUCAGACAAUGCCACCACAAUCGCCUUCGAAGAAGGUUUGCGAUGCAGCCAUACAAACUGAAGAUCCAAAUGCCGGACGUUCGGAAGUGGAUCAUGCCAUGCCGGUAAAUGUGGAUAAUCUCAAUCAGCAUGGUUUGCGCAAUACCAUGGAUAUGGGUGUUAAGUCGGCUGUGGAAAAUGAGCCCAUCGGUAUGAGAUCACAUUCUGCCCCUCCCAAUGAGCCAUUGCAACAAAAGCAUGUCUACCAUCCACAACAACAACAACAACAGGUUCCAGUCAAUGGACAACGUCAGACUCCCCCCGUACAAGCACAGGCGCAGGGGGGACGUCCACAGUUUGGCACUCAAACUAGCCCACCCGUACAGGGAGGCGGUUAUGCUGCUCAAGCAACUCCUCCCUUCCAAAAGGCCUAUUAUGCCCCCCAGUCACAAGCACAUCCACAACAGAAGCAACAGACCCCACCACCACCUCAGACACCGGGCGGCUCUUAUAUACGCACCAUACCCAUAUUUGUGGAGGGACGAUCGGAGCCGAUAAUUAACAAUAAGGAAAUACCCAAUCAAAAUGCGCCACCCUCGGCAACAGCUAGAGCUUAUACACCGCCCAAACAAACACAACAGCAACAGUCGCCUUUCCAAUAUCCACAGCCUCAGGGGCAGCCGCAGCAACAACAGCAACAACAGCAUACACAACAACACCGUCCAACACCUUUAAAUACUCAGCAACAGCCAACACAGCAGCAGCAACAGAGCACUGGUCUGCCCCCACAGACUCCACACACCGUGGACUCGAUUAACAAAAUCCAAGAUAUUCAACGUGAUGUUCUCGAACUCAUGUCCUGCGUGGAGAAAUUCGCUGGCACUCGCUCUGACAAGGAAUAUGCCUACUUGGACGAAAUGCUAACCAGAAAUCUUUUGAAGUUGGACAACAUUGACACAAAUGGCAAGGAGAGCAUACGGCUGGCCCGCAAAGAAGCCAUCAAAUGCAUACAAGCCUCCAUUAAUGUCUUGGAAGCUAAGGCUGAGGAAAACGCCAAGGCUGCCGAGGGCAACGUAACGCCCACAGUCUCUGCAGAGGCUAAGGAAAAUCCACAAAAAAGCUCUUCGGGUGCAAAGGUAACCAAAGAUUCUUCACAAACCAAGAUGGAACAACAGGAGGAGCCUGUAGAUGCAAGUAAAAUACAAGAGCCCAUACCACUGCCACCGCCAGAAGGCAUGGUGGUUGAUAGCAAAAAUGAAACAACAACAACAGCCGCAGUGCUGGCAGAAGAUGGUAAAGCAGAAGCCACUGUUGACAACAAGGAGGAGGAGGCAAAGCCUGAAGCUGAAAAGGCCAAUGCCACCGCUGAAGCAAGCACACCCACCAACACAACGCCCGCCAUCAAUGAAGGUGAACAAAGUAAAGAUAAUGCCGAGGCAGCAGUAGCCUCUGUCGCUGUAGCCGCCGCCACCACCAAUGCUGAGGCCAAAUGAUGACCCGAGAGAAAUUAUCAGAAAUUCACCUCCAGCAGCAGCAGCUCCUAUCGGAAAGCAACUUAUAAAACUACAAUUUCCAAGCAAUCUCACAGACCCCAUGAUAAACUCCAAUGCCUGGCUGAACCUGCAGCGAACUUGGACAAAAAGUCAACAUCUUAACGUACUGUGGUUUUAAACAAGAGCACACCAAGCUCUUAGCGAUUUGGUUGAUUUCCCUACUCCUUCCCUCAGCUACUCAUGCAAAAUGUUGGCGCCUUUAGUUCUUAGAUCUAAAAAAAAAGUCCUUAAUAAAAAAAACACCAUAACUUACUAUAUUUUCAAAUCCAUCUGUGCAAACACUGACUUAAUUGUUAACCAAACAAAGAGAAUGUUCGUUCGCCCAAACCCUUUUCCCAUAAAAAAAAAUAACAACAAAACAAAACAAACCCCCCCCCCCCCCUUGAAUGUGUAUGUGUGUGAAUGUUUAUACUUAACGCCUAACCCCCAUACUAGUAAAGCGUUCGUUAUACGCUGACAUUCAAAGGAACAAGAAAAUUGCAACGAUUUGUUGAACGAUUUAUUCUACUAUUGCUAUUCUGCAAUUCAAUGUGACAAAAAUGAAGUGCUUUACUUAACCACGAAAAAAAAAAGAGAAAGAGACGAAGAAAACCCAAUAAACUAGUAACAAUAAAAGUGCCUCUGUAAUUCUUAUGAUGUAAAUUGUUGGUGUUUUUCUAUAUUUAGAGAGAUUUUGUAGUAGGAAAAAAAUUAUAAUAAUUAUAAUGAGAAAAAAUUCUUUUCUGAUAUUCUAUAAGGCUUUUAUGUAUACAUUUAAAUAAAAACAAAAGUGAACAGCAACCACCCUCUCAGAAUUCUAAAUCAAAACUGUUUGGUUUGUCAAAAUUUGAACUGACUUGAAAUGUUAUUUGUAGCUCUGAUCUAAUCUUAAGGCAUAACUACUUGAAAAAAAAAACAAAAACAAAAUUUUAAGAGUGUAUCCGUUGUCGUUAUUGGCUACUUUCAACACUUUUUACUGCUACCACUUUUCAAUUAUUUGUUGAUUUUAUUAUUUAAAGCCAUUUUAUUUUAAUUUUUUUUUUCUCUUAAAUAUUUAUUUUACUUGUAUUUGCAAAGCAGUCGAUGAUAUCGAUUGAACAUAGAUCUAAACACACACAUACACACAGACAAUCUUACACACGUAUAUGUGCACGUACAUUUUCUUUCUGUUUUUUUAUAUUCUAUUUAAAUUUAUUUAUGGCUUUCUAAUUUGAUGAGAUUCAAUUGUCGAUUGUGUCACACGUGUUUUAUUGCAUCCGACGACUAUGAUGAUAUUAUUUUUAGAAGAAAAAAGCAAAAACAAACCACGAGCAACAACAUCAUCAGAUACAUUUAUAAAUAAACUCUAGAUUUAAAAAUAAAUAACAAAAAAAAAAACAAACACUAAAAAUAAACAUUGACGAAAAUAGCAACACUUGCGGAUCAUACUAUUUGUUGAAAUCUAUAAACAAUAAAAUAUUGAAAAACAAA